UCAUACCUGGCCCAGGUAACUCUCCUCAGACUUGAGUGAGUGAGUACUGAGUUCACUCUUCUCUUCUUCGUGCCCUAGUUCGACUCACCCCAAUCUCAACCACGCCUCAUCCGUCGAGCUCCUUCGUGCUCCUCUGCGCCGGCCCCUCUACUGGUGUCUCUAGUCUGGACCCCUCUCUGUUCUCACUGCCGGCUGCUCAACCGCCCCUGCCAGCUCACUGCCGUCUUCGCUGCACACUCGCCACCAGUGUGAUCUUCGCUGCCGGCUUCUCUGCUCAGUCACCACCACCAGCCACUCUUCACCUCUUUCCCCAAGCUGACGUCUCACUCAUUGCAGUCUUCAUCAACCUUGAGUGUUGCAAAUUGGUGUCCGCAGUAGGCAAUUGGUAGGAAAGUUCAGAAAAUGGUCGUGAGGAUUCGGUUAUCACGGUUCGGGUGCAAGAACAAGCCAUUCUAUCGUGUCAUGGCUGCUGAUAGCAGAUCCCCUAGAGAUGGCAAGCACCUUGAAGUUCUGGGAUACUAUAAUCCUUUGCCAGGCCAAGAUAAUGAGAAAAGAAUGGGUCUCAAUUUUGAGAGGGUCAAGUAUUGGCUCUCUGUUGGAGCUCAACCAUCAGAGCCUGUAGAACGUCUUCUGUUCCGAGCAGGGUUACUGCCUCCGCCACCAAUGCUGGCGAUGGCACGCAAGGGAGGUCCACGUGAUACACGUGCCGUGGAUGCUUUAACUGGACGCAUCCUGCACCAAGAAAAGUCAGUUGUUGCCAACAAUGAUGGAGAUGAUGGAAAACAGGAAACUCCUGAAGCUGAAAACUCCUAAAAUUCUGUUUUUAGGAUCUACUUUCCCUUAUUUUCUGUCACCAUUUUAUCCUAGACGAAUCUUGGAAAUCUAUAUUUUUAGUUGGUUUCCGAUAAACUGAAGAGAGAAAUAACUGCCAUGUGGCUGGAGAUAUCAGGUUCUUAUGUGGCUUCCUGGGUUGUAAUUAAAAGCAGAGAAGGCAAGACCAAUCAAAUUUCUAAGCUGAUAAAUAGUGUAGUACUGUAGUCGAAUCCAACUGAUUGGUUAGCUUGCUUAUGUAAUGCCCCAUAUUCUUGUUCUCUAGAAUUUAUGUAUUUUACAAUUUGCUUGCAUGAUAGCAAAAUUAGCUCACUUGA